UCUCUCUGGUCGGAACAGUAUCCAUCAGUCAGUCUCCGUUUCCAGUUCUCCCUUUACAAUGACGCACAGAAGUUGGUGCUGGGUUUUUGGGUUCAUCCUGUGUGGGAGUUGGAGUGGAUCGGCAAAAGGGGAGUUCUACUCAUCGGUGGACAGUAUGCAGGAUCUGGCCCAAGUGGAACGGGAGCUCAUCAAUGCCACGCGUUCGUAUCUUGAGGCUCAGCAAAAGCAGCUCAGCUUUUAUCGCAGAUAUGUGGAUCAAAUAAAACGGGAACACGAGUGGGCCACCAAUAAAUCGAGACUGGAUGAUUACCUAGGUCACCCUUUGCACGCCUUCAGGUUGAUCAAGCGGUUGGUUCAGGACUGGGAUGCCCUGGUGUUCGAACCCAUUUUAGCCAGCAAACCAAGAGAAGACUUCCGGCAGUUCACAGAGAUCUUGGCCAGGGACUUGGGCUACCCCGAUCACUCGGAGCUCCAGGGAGCCGUUAAGGGAUUGGCCAGGUUGCAGAGGGUCUACAAUCUAACGACCCGGGAUUUGGCCGAUGGCUUCAUCAACGGUUACAACUACGACUCCGAGUUGCAGUGGCGAGAGUGCUACGAAAUAGGGGUUCAACUCUUCGAUCUCAGGGAGUACCAACGAUCCCUUGAGUGGCUCCAAGUGGCCUUUAUCCUCCUCCGAAACAGCGAAGAAGAGGAGAAGGACGAGAGUCACUUCUUGUCGGACAUCCGCGAGUACGUAGCUAUGGCCAACUUCGAGUUGGGAAGCCCCAAAAGAGCUGAAAGGCUUCUGGAUCAGAUCCUGAAACCCGAACCCACACACACCGCCCAACAAACUCGAAAGUAUUUGGAGAGCAGAGAUCCGGAUAUUAACUUCGAGGAGCAGAAUCCCUCCUGGUUUGCCAAUUACACUAGACUUUGCCAGGGAAGAAAACUACCAGAGAAAAGAACAGGUGCUCCUCUGAGUUGCUACCUGGAUGGAAAGCGACAUGCCUACUUCACCCUGGCGCCUCUUCAGGUGGAACCAGUGCACCUGGAUCCGGAGAUAAAUGUCUACCACGGGAUGCUGAGCUCCAACCAGAUCAUGUCCGUUUUCGAGGAGGCGGACAAGUUGGAGAUGGUCCGCUCAGCCGUCGCGGGAUCAGGAGGAACCCGUGCGGUGAGGGAUCUGCGGGUCAGCCAGCAGACCUGGCUGGACUACACGUCCCCCGUGAUGAAGUCCAUCAGCCGUAUCAUCCAGUUCGUGUCCGGAUUCGACAUGGCCGGAUCCGAGUUCAUGCAGGUGGCCAACUACGGAGUUGGGGGACAGUACGAACCACAUCCCGACUACUUCGAGGUCAAUCUGCCCAAGGAUUUCAAGGGGGAUCGCAUCUCCACCAGCAUGUUCUACUUAUCUGAAGUGGAGCAAGGCGGCUUUACUGUCUUCACCAAGCUGAAUGUAUUCCUGCCUCCCGUGAAGGGAGCCAUGGUCAUGUGGCACAACCUCCAUCGAUCCCUGGAUGUGGAUGCGCGCACCUUGCAUGCCGGCUGUCCAGUCAUCGUGGGAUCCAAGCGGAUUGGAAACAUAUGGAUGCACUCGGGCUAUCAGGAGUUCCGUCGACCCUGCAACCUCACCUCAGACAGCCACAAGUCCGCAGGUUAUCGGGAUUAAGUGUUAACUAUUCCUUUAAUAAAUUAUGUCUUACUUUAA